AUGGUGCUUGUAGAGCCAUAUUCUACAAAAUGUGGUCAUACAUUUUGCAGAAAAUGUAUUUUGGAAGCAUAUAGUGCUGUGAUGGAUAAUAGCAAUGAGAGCACAAGUGUCAGAGAGAACAGCAGCAACGAAACUAGGCUGCCCCUCUUUAGAUGUCCAGUAGACAGACACCCGCUGCCGAACCCGAAAGAUCUUCAGCCGGCCCCUUUCUUAAUUUCAAGUUUGGUAAACGACUUGGUAGUGGCAUGUCCUUUUGCCAAUAGAGGAUGUAACUGGGAAGAUAAGCGAUGGCUAGUAUCGAAACAUGUGAGUCAGGACUGUCCUUUUGUCAAUGUUAAGUGCUCGGGCCUUCGAAGCGAUGGCAAGACUUGCGAAGACAUAGCACUAAGAGGAGAAGUCUUGGAUGAAAUCAAAAAGGCUCGCCUGGCUGCGGUUACCGCAAAGACCACGAGAUCAAAUUCGUUAUUGAAUAACACACUUGCUGACGCACGUAGUAUCUCGCGAUCCGCAAGUGGAGUAGGAGGACAGAGUACGCUUGCAGAGAGCAGUGCUUUAGAAUACCCAGUACCAAGUGAUGAUACAAGCUCGGUAGAACUGAAAGACUAUACGAAACUUCAUGAUAGUGAGAGUGCUGAAGCGACAUUAAAUGGACUGGUUUGUCAGACUCCCCCGAGUCCACGACAAAGAGGGAGCUCCAUCACGAGAGUGCUGUACAAAUGUGUUCAUGAGCAAAAGGAACUACAAAAGAAUACAACGUCUGUACAAUGUGAAUGUGGGGAAUCUGUCGACACGGAUGAUGUGGAACGACAUAUUUCCGAAGAAUGUAUGGCGGUUAGCGUAAUCUGUCAAGACUGUCAGCAAACAAUGGCACGACCACUUUUAACACAUCAUAGUCGAGAAGAGUGUACAGCGGGUAUUGUAUUUUGUCCAGCACAGGAAUAUGGUUGUGAUUGGUCAGGAAAGCGGUCCGACCAGCAACUGAUAGCUGAUCACCAAGCAGCAUGUAUACUUAUCAAGCUGAUUCCAGUUUUGAGCAAACAAACUAAACGAAUAGAAUCGUUGGAACAUGACAAUCAGGCUCUGCGACUAUGUGUUGAGCGACUUACCUCAAUAACAAAUGAUGAAACUUCGACCAUUACAGAUUCUACAGCAGCCUCUCGGACAAACUCAUCAACAACAUCUUUCACAGACUCAGACUUACUCCAUAUGUUUAUGGAAUGCGAAAGACUACGGAGAGAUGUUGACCAUCUCAACUCUACUUCUAGCGACAUGUAUUUGAAACAGGGCAUGCUAAUGAUGCGUGAAAAUAUCCGACUAAGUGAAGAGAUCAAUGUUUUAAGAUCGGGGUUCACCAGCUUAAGACACCAGCUGCACUUCCUUCUAACAGAACGACGGUCGUGGGCUUCACAUUAUUAUCACGGGUCCUCGGAUAGUCAUAUUCCACCUCAACCUGCUCCACCCGAGAGGCCUAGUCAACGUAGCUUAGGAGAUCUCCUGCGUGAUGUAAAAUUAUAA